UUGUAAUCAUUUUGGUUUUCUAAUUUUGCUGAAAAGUUUUGGUCAAAGUUUAGAAUUUUCAUGAUAUCAUUGCGGGUUUUUUUCGGCGUUGUGCCGAGAAGUGGUUUAAGUUUAACUCAUCUACGACGGUUCAACGUUAAAAGUACACCACGGCUUGGAUUUCCGUGCGCGUAUUCCGAUGAAGAGACCCGCAAAAUACUUAGCACCCUAAAUGAGGAAGAUGUGGAUCAGCUUUACAAAUACAACAUAUCCAAGUAUCGUUUGAAGAAAAUCGAAGGCUGGCGUAAAAAGUUUGGGGCAUUCAUGUCGCUUGAUCAAGUACUGGAGCUGGAUGGAUUUGGAAUAACCGUACUACGUAAGUUCUAUGAUUCUAUUGUUGAGAGCCCACAAACUACAGAAGUUGACGCACAGAAAGCGAUAAAAAAAGAUGUUAAAAUAACCACACCAAACUUCCCGGUCAAUGUUAUCCCAAAAGUUCAGAGCUGCGUUUCGCUGUACGUGGGACUGGACUUUGUAACAUGGGCAAAAUUUAAAGUAGUAAAGGAUGAACCGACAAUCCUGACUGGGUGGAGUAGUUUCGAAAUACACGACCGUAAAUUGCACGUGAGCGAACUGAUUCGCAACGUAAUUCAAAUCAAUCAGUUGAUACCGGAAGCUGAUGUGUACGUUGUGGAAAACCCAGCCUUGGCUCAAGCUGUGGCCAUGGGAAGUGCAGCUCAAACAAAUAUCAAUGUUCAAAAGUCUCAACUUAUCGCAAUGAUCAUGCUUAUGCUGUCUAAUCGAGUCCCAGAACAUGCUGAGAUUUUUCCGAAUGUCUACUUCCUGAAGCAGUACACUUCUGCAAGGUUAUUCGGGAUUUUCAUCGGUAAUGAACGUGUAUCAGCUGACAGUGUUGUCCGAUCAUUGAUGGAACGACAGAUAGGACCCAACGAAGAAAGUGUCGAACACGUUCAGUCAAAAAUAGUAAUACCUUCUGGUUUAAAAGUGGUGUAUGAAGAGAAUGACAGUACAGAACGCGAGUUUUUAGGUCAGUCAAUGUUGCUCGGAUUAACUUUCUUAAGGCUAUGCGUUUUUAAAUGCGAGGACAGUCUGAACAUUUUUCGGCGAUGAUCCUCGGCGGGUGUGUAAUACAGUAUAAUAGUUAAAAAAGAUAAUGUAUUGUUUGUUGGAAUGUUA